AUGGAGUACGACACCAAAACACCGACAUAUCAAACGUCAGACCCGACCUCGUUCGCCUUCACAUCGGCGCGCGAACGAUGGCCCGCCAUCAUCACAGGCGCGAUCGACGACGUGCACCGGACAGUGUCGUCAAUCUCGUCUUCAGACGCGGAUAAAGAGAAACUGGCGGAAGGCAAGGCCAUCGUCUCGGCACUCGCCUCGCUGAAAUACGAACUCCAACACAAUCGCGCCUUGACGCCUCUCCCUGACGACAGCUUCCCGGAUAUUGCAGGAUAUAAUGCCGAGUUACAGGCCCGGGGCACUCCGAAAUGGCACGACGUCGAGUGGCUGUACGCGGAGUGCUACCUGUACCGACGGAUCGCGACGCUGUUCAGUAUGGCGCGCGACCCGUACUGGAAAGCCUACGACAUCUUCCAGCGGCAGAAGAUGAGCACGUUCAAGUCGUCCCGACCCGCGGUGCUGGAGCUGGCGAGCCGGUAUCGCGAGAUCAUCGAGCAGAUCCGCGGGUCGAAGAACCAUGCUGUGGUGGAUGCGUCUGACCCCGCCGCGGUCGAGGAGGCCGAGAAAGUCCUGUUUACCGAAAUGGCCGAGAUCUGCCUCUGGGGAAACGCCACGGAUUUGAGUCUGCUUACGAGUCUGACCUACGAGGAUAUUCAGAAGUUGCAGGGCAGUAAUGCGCGGAAGGAAUCUGAGAAGAAUAUUUUGGUCAACGAUCUGGGGAAGGCGUUUGAGGUAUUGAAUCGGGCGCAUAAGGAGGGCAAGGAGAGUAGAAGGGUUGAUAUUGUGCUGGACAAUGCUGGGUUCGAGUUGUUUGUGGAUCUAGUGCUGGCCGGGUAUUUGCUCGCGACGGGUCUGGCGACCGAGGUCGUGCUGCAUCCCAAGAGUAUCCCGUGGUUUGUGAGCGACGUCGUGCCCCGAGAUCUCCAGGCGCUGCUCGAGGCGAUGCAGGAUCCCAAGGCGUUCUAUGAGAGUGCGUCAGAUGAGCACGAUGGGAAGUCGAAUGGACAAGCGCCCGCACCAUUGUCGGAUGACGAGGCUGCAAAUGUGAAAUUCCUGUUCGACGAUUGGAGUGCCUUGCAUGCUGAGGGACAGUUGAUUCUAAGGCCUAAUCGGUUCUGGACCCACGCUGGCAGUUUCUGGAGGUUGCCCAAGACUGAGCCUGAUUUGUUGGAGGAUUUGAAGGAGAGUGAGCUGGUGAUCUUCAAGGGAGAUCUGAACUACCGGAAAUUGACGGGCGAUGCUACAUGGCCGGCUUCGACGCCAUUUGUUGAAGCUAUUGGCCCCCUUGGUCCAUCUUCGGGCAUACGAGUCCUUGCUCUACGAACAUGCAAGGCUGAUGUUGUCGUUGGACUACCAGAAGGCAAGGACGAGGAGAUCCGUGCUACUUCUGGUGGUGGAGGCGACUCUGGAGCGAGAAAGUGGGCAUGGAGUGGGAAAUGGGCGGUGGUCCAGUUCUCUGACGGCAAGUCAUGA